ACAUUUGAAGUUUUGGCGUGGUCUAAGCAUUCUCCAUUUGAUUAUAUUUAAUAACUUGCCCUCAAAGUAAAAUGUCUUUCAGCUUCACCGCUUCUAUCAUUCAACUAAUCUGAGGGAGACAAUUCAGAAGAGCUUAGCUUGCUUCAGAGAUUCUUCUUCAUCAUCAUCAUGAAGCCUUCUAAAUCAAUAUCUUUUAUCUGCUUCUUCUUCUUCUUCUUCAUCGCUCUUGGGACCUCACAAACUCAAGAUUCAUGCUCCUCUAACCUCAACCUCAACGGUCAGGUCCCCUUUGACACAACAACUCUCCACUGCGCUCCAGUCUGGCCUUCCCAUAACUUCAUCCUCAGAUAUGCGCGGACAUCUCCAAAUUUAUGGAGUUUCGUCGUAUCAGCCCCAGAUAGAAACGCGUACAUAGCUAUGGGAUUUUCACCCAACGGUCUAAUGGUGGGGUCGAGUGCCAUCGUGGGGUGGAUGUCAACCACCGGAACAGGGACGAUAAAACAGUAUCAACUGAGUGGACGAAGUUCAGAUCAAGUGUUUCCUGACCAAGGAAACCUUCAACUCAAUUCAUCAAUCAUCAUUUCUCAAUCUCAAUUCCAACGUCUCUACUUAAUUUUCCAGCUCAACACCCAGCAGCCGUUGACAAGGGUGAUAUACGCCGUUGGCCCCUCCUCUGUCUUCCCGACUUCACCUAACUUUGCCUUGUCAGAGCACAGUGACAAGGCCUCCACCGCCUUGAAUUAUGUUACAGGUCAAACCAAAUCAGAAAGCCCGCAUGCAAAGCUGAGAAAGAGCCACGGAAUAUUAAACAUGUUAGGUUGGGGAAUUCUAAUGAUAAUUGGAGCAAUAGUUGGUCGCUACUCCAAGCAAUGGGAUCCACUUUGGUUCUAUGCCCAUACUUUGAUUCAAUCAUUCGGAUUUAUACUUGGAUUGGCCGGUGUCAUUUGUGGAGUUGUCUUAAAUAAUAAGCUCGACACCAAUGUUUCUUCGCACAAAGCUCUCGGAAUCAUCAUCCUUGUCCUUGGCUGCCUCCAGGUAAUGGCAUUUUUGGUCCGACCUGACAAGACUUCAAAGGGGAGAAAAUAUUGGAAUUGGUACCAUCACAAUGUUGGGAGGAUUAUGAUAAUAUUUGCAAUAGCAAAUAUAUUCUAUGGGAUACAUUUAGGUGAAGAAGAGAAUUCAUGGAAGGCUGGUUAUGGGGUCGUUCUCGCAAUCUUAUUAUUUAUUGCUGUUGUUUUAGAGAUAAGGAUGAGGAAGAGAAAUUAGGUUAAAUCUUUGUUUUAUCUAUCAUGUAACUUCAAAUUUGUUUCAUUAAUUAAAUAUUUGCAGCUACUUGAUUGAUUACUU